AUGGACGACGUUGACUCAGCUUUGGUGGAUAAUGUCAAAUCCUUUACAGCAGGUGGGUUUGGUGGUAUUUGUGCCGUUGUCACAGGACACCCGUUUGACUUGGUCAAAGUGAGAUUACAAACGGGUUUGUAUAAUUCAGCGGUUCAGUGUGUCAAAGACACAAUUGCCAAAGAUGGACCCUUGGGGUUAUACCGUGGUGUAUUGCCACCAUUGCUUGGAGUUACACCAAUGUUUGCUGUUUCCUUCUGGGGUUAUGAUGUUGGUAAGAAAUUGGUUGGAAACUUUACUGGUAAAGAUGUCAAACAAUUUACAAUUGCAGACAUAUCGACUGCUGGUUUCAUCAGUGCGAUCCCAACAACACUAGUUGCUGCACCAUUUGAAAGAGUAAAAGUUAUGAUGCAAAUCCAAGAAGGGACUAAAUCAAAGGGAAUGGCUGCGGUUGUUGCAGAAAUGUAUAGAACUGGAGGUAUCAGAUCCAUAUUCAAAGGCUCGGUAGCCACCUUGGCAAGAGACGGUCCCGGUUCUGCUUUGUACUUUGCCACAUACGAAUACUUGAAAGAGAAGUUGUCUACUCCAGGUAAGGACUUGUCUAUUCUUGCUAUCAUGACAGCCGGUGGGUUUGCUGGGGUUUCUAUGUGGUUGGGUGUUUUCCCCAUUGAUACAAUCAAGUCAACUCAACAAUCAUCAAAUACACCCAUUUCAAUCACACAAGUUACCAAAAACAUUUACGCAAAGGGCGGUAUAAAAGCAUUCUUCCCUGGUGUUGGCCCAGCAUUGCUCAGAUCUUUCCCAGCAAAUGCAGCCACUUUCUUGGGUGUCGAAGUUGCCAAGAAUGCAUUAAACAAGGCCUUUUAA